UCCGAGUCGGAGAUUUCUAUUUCGUCGUCGUCGUCGUCGUCUGUAUCAGAUUUUUUUCUAAGAGAUAUUUUAGUUCCACUUUGUCAUAGCGCGAAUGGCGGAGACGGACGUCGGAAGCGUGAAGGCGAAGGCAAAAGGAUCGGGGAAAAGUUGGAUAUUGCUGAUCGGAGCUAUAGCUGGCGUUCUUUUAGCCGUCGUGGCUGCUGUGAUUUUCAAUACUCAGAAUUCGUCGAUUUCUGAGUUAACCGGAAAAAUAUGCAAUUGCCGUCAGGCUGAGCAGCAGAAGUACAUUGGGAUUGUUGAAGACUGUUGUUGCGAUUACGAGACUGUGAAUCGGUUGAAUACGGAAGUGUUGCAUCCUUUACUUCAAGAUCUUGUUAAGACACCGUUUUACAGAUACUUCAAGGUUAAACUGUGGUGUGAUUGCCCGUUUUGGCCUGAUGAUGGUAUGUGCCGGUUAAGAGACUGUAGUGUUUGUGAGUGUCCUGAUAGCGAGUUCCCUGAAAUAUUCAAGAAGCCAUUAAGCCAAUACAAUCCUGUUUGUCAAGAAGGGAAACCACAAGCUACCGUUGAUCGUACUGUAGACACUAGAGCUAUCAGGGGGGGUUGGACUGUCACUGACAAUCCCUGGACAAGUGAUGAUGAAACUGACAACGAGCAGUUCGACCCAAUGGGAGAUGGUGAUGGUUCUGUGGAGGUUCCUGUUUAUUAUGGUGAUGAAGAUCCGGCGAUGUGGAUUUCAUGGGUUGAAGAUUACUUCACGGACCAUGGAUUCACAGAAGAGACAAAGAUCUCUUUUGCAUAUGGAUUUAUGGAAGGUGUUGCUCUAUUGUGGUUCCAGGAGUCACAUGUUGCGUUUACAAGCUGGAAUGAGAUCAAGAUCGGUCUGCUUCAACGAUUCAGCAAAGGGAAAGAGAGCGUUGUGGCUGAUCUAACGCAGAGUGAUGAAUUUGACUCUAAGAUGAGCAGAUGGACGAGCUGUUUGGACAAACUAGAGAAAUAUCUCCUAGAGACUGAGGAGUGUCUUGAAAAACCAAGUGGUGAAGAGAAGGAGAAGACUGCAGCAGCAGAAGUGGUGGUAUGUCAAAGAGUCGCAGAAAAAGAAGAUCUGUUGGAUAAUAUCUUCCAAAAAGAACAAAUGGGUGUGCAAAAAGAGCCAGAUAUUGAGAAGAGUGAACAUGUCCACCAAGUGUUCGAUCAAAUGCCUAUGGAAAGAAAAGUGAACACGAAGAAGAAAAAGAAGAAGAGAUGGAAAACGUUUUCAAAGAUUGAUGGGUCUGAAAGUGGUUUCAAACUCAAAGGAGAUACAGGCUUUGUGGAGCUAUUGACAAAGAGAAUAGAAGAACAUAUGAACUUCUAUUUGCCGCAGGUGUUAGAGGAACAUCGAAACCAUAGGGAACAAGCAGCUAAGCCAAAUCAUGUAUACCAGGUGUUCGAGGAAUUGUCUCAAAGAGGGAAAAAGACUACCACGAAGAGAAUUCGGAAGAAGUUCACAAAGGCUAAGGGGUUUAAAUACAAAGCUGGAAUAGUGAAAUUGGGGACCUCUCGAAUCCAGAUGAAGAACAUACAUGACAGACCAGACACUACUAUAUUGGUCUAUGCUGGAAAAAACUAUCAUUUGCUAUCUGCCAGCCAAGUAUUUAACAAAAGGUUGAGGGGAGAUAAUAGACUCACGAGAAAGAAAAAGAAGAAGCCAUGGAAGAAUCAUUCAAAUAACUAUAACCCACAUGGAGUGGCAGAGGGAUGUGUGAAAAGUGAAGGAGUGAUGCUGAAAAUUGUUGCAAAAUGGUGGAACUGUGGUCUGUUGAAAGAUUCGGUUGAGAUGGGGAAUAAGAAGACAUGUGUCAAGAUGAAGAUGCACCACCGAACGUUCAACAAAAGGUUGUUGUGGCAAGGGUAUCACGCACAACAGAAGAAAAACAUGAUGAAGAUGGAGUAUGCGAGCAAGGGUAUCACGCACUACCUAUAUGUUCAUCAAUGGGUGUAUGAAAAGCUGUCGUUGAGAUAUCUAACAGUUUUGAAGAAGCUCGCCAACUGGAGGAAACACAAAUUCAAGCAAAAACGCAACAAGCAUGAGAAGAAGAAUAAAGAGAGGUUCUCUAGAAAUCAGGUUGUCUUGACAUUGAACUUUAUACUCAAGUUCAAGUAUUAUGAGAAACGCGUCCAGGAAUGGUGUAAGAAAGAGUCGUGGAAAGGAGAACAUGUUGAGGUAGAGAGGAAGAUAGACUAUACCAAGCCACAUAGGGUCAAGUGCAAAACUGUGAAGCUGGACUGGACAAAGCUAAUUUGGCUUCGAAGAUUGAACAUGUUCAUACGUGAAAGAAUGGAGACAGUGAGAGGAUCGCAGAGCCUUGACAUGACGUACAUGACAGUUGGCGAAAUGACUGACAUAAUAGGGUUGAUAAGCUGGGUUGUCGCGUAUUUAGAGGAGCAUGACAAACAAAUGCAUCAAGUGAUCUUGGACGUGCUGAAAGUGGGAAUCAGAACGGCUAUGGAGAUGAUGAGUUGGUCUAGUAGAAAGAGACACAAAUUUCGACAUAAGCGCAAGUCGAAGCUGUUAUGGGAAUUGAUGACAGUAGAUAAGAAGCAUUCCAUGACUAGUGGGAAGAGAGUCAAAUUUAAAAAGAAGUACAGGAACACUUGGGUGUUGCGAACGUAUACGAAAGAAGAAACUCCACUAGGCAAAGGGUUAAUGGAAACGACAUAUUUCAAAAGAACAUGGGCCUUAUCGCUCGGUAAAGAGUUUGCCAUUGCUACCACAAGACAUGCAGUUUGCAUUGACGUUAACAAAUGGAUUCAGUUGUCAGUGCUGGGAAUUGAAGAACUAUUUAGUGCGGGCUUGAAAGCGUUGGAUGGGAGGCAGGGUGUUAGCCUGGAGAUAGUUCCCUUGGUUCUUAGUGCAGGUUUCAUGGGUGGUGAUGAUUCUUCUCUGGAAAUUGUUGCUGCAAUGGAGGUCUCAGCAAACAGAAGCAUACAGUUUCAUUUACCUACAAUACUGCAAGUGGAUGGGUUUGCCUACACUACUGCAAGUGGAAGGGCGAAUGAAUUUCAAAUAGUGCUAAAAAUCAGUGUGGCUGUUGUUAGUGGAAAAAUAGAAGUUAAGCUGAUGGAGAGGGGGUUUCUUGUUGUCUAUCUAAACAAGGUGGCUGAACGGGAAAAAGAAAAGAAUGGCAUGGCGUGGAAAAUUCGUUAUCUGGAGCAAAAACCUUGGGAGAUAGAAAUGGUGUUUCAACUGGAUGAUGUCACGGCCAAACAGAUAAUCAUGUUGCCUAGUUCAGUGUCCUCUUUCGCAGAGAAUAUUAGUCAUGACGAAAUUGAAGACAUGUUGACGUGUGAGACUCUGAUACAAGCAAGAGACGUAAUGUUGGCGCAGCUAAAGGAAAAUCUCCAAGUCAGAUCAGAGCUGAAUUUGGAUUUGGAGGCCAGGGACAAUCUGAAAACAGGGCAUGAAGAGUUGUUGCUGAAGCGGGAAGUGAUGCCAUAUUUUGAAUGUCCUGGGAAGCUCAAAGAAGGGGUUGGCUAAACAGUUUGCUCAUUUCAACCUUGAGGACAAGGUUGUUUUCAAAGGCAGGCGUAUUGAUAGAAGCAGUUCAAUGGCUUAAUCAUAUUUUUCUUAAGUAUCAACUUAACAAAGGUUUAGUGUGAGAGUAAACCGGGGCUGGUUUAGCUUAUUUCUUUUGUCUAUCUAUAUAUACAAUGUGGAGAGGGUUAGAGAGCUUCAUCGAGUAUUUGGUGAGGUCUUUUAGGGGGAGUGGGAGGAGCUCCAUUAACAAAAUCCUCAGUUCCUUUUGUAAUUCCAGUUCUAUAAUCUAUCAAAUCCUUUUCUAUAA